AUGGUGAGGGAUAUGGUUUUAGGAGUAGAAGAGGAAGAUACUCUAUACGAAGAAGACAAGACCGUGUUUUUGCUUAUGCAUCUUCAAAAUCGGCAAUUUUUUUUAGCGGUAUUGAUCGUCAUACCAUGUACACUGGACUUUCUAGCCCGUGUUAUGUACUCAUAUGCCCUUUUAGACAGACUGUACCACUUGCAAGUUGCAGCCAAGACGCUUGCUGUGAGACGUAGUCAGAAGCUAGUAAUGGUGAAGGAACUGCAUAGAAAAAAAGCUAGGUACCGUCUUGAAGUCGGGAUUGGCAAAUCUCCGCAUCUUUCUGAUGAUGAUUUAUGGUUGCGUGCUUGGAGCUGGCAGAGGAGGAGGUCAGAGAACCGGAAAGCAUUUGCCAACAUAUGGUCUGAUAUGGUGUUUGGGAUCUCGCUUUUUGUUAUUUUGUAUGCCAAACAGAGUAAAGUAGCCUUGUUAAAAGUUUACAGGAUAUCAGACACGGGGAAAGCAUUUCUCAUCAUCCUUGCCACCGACAUUUUCUUGGGGUAA